CCUCCUGGUACUAGCCUCGCCGCUGCUUGCAUUCUGCCUCAAAUCUCAUUGAUCAACGUUCUUUCCGAUUCGAUUGCCUUUCCAGGCGCAUGCGCGGAAGCAAAUCAAAUUACCUUCACUGAACACCUCUUGCAGCGUUUCACGAUCCUCUCUUCCUUUUCUGCUCAGACGCGGACAGUCUACAGAAAAAUUUCUUUCCAUAUAGACUUUGUAUCAUUUGUGUCUACUAGAGCGAAUUCUUUUAGAAAACGCUCAGCUGUGGAAUUUUGUACUUAGAACCAUCGGAUGCCGCCGUCCACACCCUCUGCGGGAUCCUCUACAUCCAACCCGACGUCCAUCCAAGUUGCUGUUCGGAUACGCCCCCCGACGACCCAUGAUGCAUCCUCGAUACCAACUCGCUUCCAACGAACAGUGAUUCAUCCCUCAUCCGCCACGACCCUAACAGUAGACAAUGUAUCUGGUCCUCCUACUUCCACGGCUGUAGCUGCGCCCCCUUCUCCUGCUGCUUCCUCAUCCAAAAAACAAACUUUUGCUUUUGAUCAAGUGCAUGCACCCGAGGCAACACAAUUUCAACUCUUCACGUCCACGGCUGCGCCGCUUGUGUCGCGCUUCGUCGAGGGGUAUAACUGCACAAUACUUGCAUAUGGUCAGACAUCAUCGGGGAAAACGCACUCUAUGACUGGGGUCGAUUUAGACGCUGACCCAAAUGAUCCAACCAAUGGAAUGGGCAUAAUCCCUCGUGCCAUCUCAACUAUCUUUGCCAGGGCGAAUGAGCUCAAGCGCGAACGCGGCAGCGCAUGGCAGUGGAGUCUUAAAGCCUCCUUCAUAGAACUUUACAACGAAGAUUUGAUUGAUCUCCUGGCCGUUGGUGACAACGGUAUGAAGCAAGACGUCCAGAUUCGUGAGGAUAAGGAUGGUACCAUCAUAUGGGGCGGUCUCAGGGAGAUUCCCGUGCGGAGUGCGGCGGAUGUCAUGGCCAUUCUUAAACGUGGUACCGCGCACCGUCGCACAAACGAGACGGAUAUGAAUGCCCAAUCUUCCCGUUCCCAUGCCAUAUUUUCAAUCACUCUCACUCAGAAGAAAUUCAACGGAACUAUAACCCCAUCUUUCCGGAACGGUCGUUCGUCGCCGAUGCCUCCAUCUACUCCGUCUCCCUCCAAAAUUGCACGGCCCGGUUCUAUGGUAAUUGGCUCAAGCCGUGUUUCUUCUCCUACCUUUGGCCGGGCGCCGACACCAAGCUUUGCCGCUGCUAUGUCGCGUGGUGGAUUGAGGCCUUCCAGCGCAUUGGGAAUGCGUCCUCGCACUCCUGAAGUCGAUGAACCCUCCGGAGAGUGGGUUACAGUUGUUUCCAAGUUCCACUUCGUGGAUCUUGCUGGAAGUGAACGGCUCAAACGGACUGCAGCACAGGGCGACCGUGUUAAGGAAGGUAUAUCCAUUAAUAGCGGAUUACUCGCCCUUGGGAACGUCAUUUCUGCCCUCGGUGAUCCUUCACGGGCCCGUACCAUCGGGAACGGCACUGCGAUUCACGUACCUUACCGUGACUCCAAACUCACUCGUCUCCUUCAAGAUUCUCUCGGAGGAAAUGCUCAUACCCUCAUGAUAGCCUGCGUCUCGCCCGCAGAGUGGAAUGUUGGUGAGACUGUCAAUACCCUCAAAUAUGCAAACCGAGCACGCAACAUUAAAAAUAAGGCUGAGAUUCGUGAGAAAGAAGAUGGAUGGGACGAUCUGGAGUGGUUGCAAACGAUGGUCACCAAGCUUAGGAAGGAACUCAAGGCCUUGAAGGAAGGUGCCGUAACCCCCGUAACAGAUACUGAACCUCCUACUCCGACUAUUGGUGCGCUUCCAGAUAAGGGUGCUGCGAAGGUACUUCGACAGUAUGGCGAAUUACAGGGGCAGUACCAGCAGCUUAGACGGGAGUUUGUUGAGCGAAAUGAGGAACUCGCACGGUUGCGCACUGAGAUUGAGGAGAGGAAUGCUCCCGUUGCUGGGAUGAGCCGUCGGUACGAGGAAAUUGUAGGUCCUGUCAUCGAGGAGUAUGAGAAAACUAUUACGGCCAUGGAGACGGAGUUAAAGUUGAGUCGAACUGCUUUGGAACACACCAAUGAGAUGUUCUCAGAACAAGAGAGUGAGUUGGCGGUGCACAAGGAGCGCACGGCCAACGCAGAUGGAUAUAUCGAGGCACUCCGUGCCAGGGUUGGGAAGUUAGCUGAAAGGGAGGCUUCCACCGAAGUUUACGUGCGCGAUCUCGAAGCGAAGCUUAAGGUGUUUGCUGACUCGACUACCGCUCAUGAUGACUCAAUUGUCGAGCUCCAUAAAGAGAUAACUCAAUAUAAAGAAGCGGAGGCUGCAUCGGCAGCGUACAUCGCUGGUUUGGAACAGCGACUCGCGUCCGCCGAUGUGGACAUUGUUUCUCUUCGGACUCAAAUUGAGAAGCUCGAGACUGACCUUUACGAAAAGAACGGGAUGGUUGCCUCAUUGCAAGGUCGUCUGGAUAAUCUAUUGCGAGAACAGGCGGAUGCAGCGAGCUGGAAGGAGAGUCUCGCGGAACGUGAAAAACGUGUCGAGGAAUUAGAGAAGAAAAUGGAAGAGUGGGAGAAGGUUCGAGCGGAAACGGCCGAGGAACGCCGACGUCUCAGCAGCGUCGUCAGCGAGGUGGCAUCCGCCCGUCAGUCUCUGGAGGCUGAGGUCAACUCAAUAGACAUUCCACGACUUCAUCUUCCUUCAUCCCCUACGACUAGCGUUUCAACGGUCCAUGGCUCAAGUUCAGCAGAACAGGAAGUACUCGCCCUUCAGCAGAAGCACUCUGCCACUUUGUCCGAGUUGGAAGAAGUCAGUUCCAAGUAUCGCGAUGCGCUUCGUGAGAUUGCGGACUUAUCCGCCCAGAUCUCUGAAGCCAAGUUGAACUCGGAAACUUCGUCAGAGGUCGGGUCCGAAGCGGGCGGGAGCCGGAUGGUCCCUCGCACACCAUCUACAGGUCGAAGACCGCUUCCUCGCCGUGAGACCGUCGAUGGGUUGGGCAUCCUUAGCAUCCCACCUUCACCGAGCGCAGGAACUUCGCGAAGGGGGUUUUUCAGGCACGCGGCCUCCACAGAGGGGCUCCAUUCGAGGUCGCUGUCGCAAUCACAAUCGCUUUCAUCGGAGCUCUACUCGGCGCCGUAUUCAAGGACCUCAUGGGCACAAGGUGACAGUCUCUUGAGUCCUUCGUCUACCUUCCCCCCCAAGGCCUUGCUUCGCCGAGACUCUUCUCCUCAGGAGAGUGGACGUUCUGUAGAGAGCCUCGAGAAAGAAAUUCAACGCUUGCAGGAGGUCCUCAAGGACCGGGAAAAUGAGAUCAGCAUUCUGGAAAAGAGUCUUGCGAGUCCCAAUGGGAAUGCACUCCAUGACGUUCAGGAGGAGGUGGAGCAUUCGACCAUUUCUGCAGCUGGAGAUGGCGAGUUAUCUCCUGGUGCACAAGAACGCUUCGACAGGAUGAAACAGACCGUCCUUCUGGACAGUAGGCGGGAAGCCGAAGAGAAAGAAGCCGAGUCUAUUCGGAGACUUGACGAGCUAAUGAGGUCAAUGGCACAAAAGGAAUCACAACACGUUGCCAUCGUGGAUCAUCUCAAUGAGGAGCUUGCCAAUCUUCGUCGCGAACAUGAUGAAUUGAUCGGUUCGACCCACCUCCAAAUGAAAGCGCACUCUGAAAGAAAUGCAACUCUAACUGCUGAUCUGGCCGAACUACGCUCGCAGCUCUCCACGUCACAAGAACAGAAUAAAGACGUUGUAGAAAAGCUAACGAAGUUGCGGCAAAGAGAGACGGAACUACUUGAGACUCGUCGUAUCGUGGAGGAGGCUCAUACGAAGGAGUUGGAGGGCCUCCGUAAUAUGCAGGCCAUAGAGCUUCAGGGCCAUGAAAAGGAGAGGAACGAAUUGAAGUCUCGACAUGAAGCUGAGUUUCAGCAGUUGAAGUCCUCGUACAGGGACGAAGUCAGCGCUCUUGAGGUCGCUACCAAACAGCACGCCAGUGAGAACAGGGCCUCCUUGGACGAACUAAGAAAAACACACGAAGAAGCCGUCUCGGCUCUCAAAUCCCAGCACGAGGGAUUACUGAAACAGCGUGCAAGCGAAUCUUCUGCCAUGGCGGACAAAGUCAGGGCGGAUCAUGAGCGUGCCAUUGUACUUUUAACUGCGGAAAGAGGGGAAGCGCUACGGAGACAGAUGGAGCAAUCUGACAAAACUAUCAACCGUCUCCGUGAGGAUCAUGAGGCCAAAAUCAAGCGGAUCAACACUGUACGCGAGGGUAUUCUCACAGAAUCUCAGGAACAGCAAGCAGCCGUUAUCGAGGAGCUUCAGGAUCAGCACAAAGCAACCAUCGAUCGCAAGGAAGCGGAUUUCAAAUCAGACCUUGAGCGUGCAAAGCUCGAGUAUCAGCGGGAUCUUGGUGCCCGUGACGAGGACCACUCGAGAGAAAUAGCUCAACUCCUUUCAGAGCACACCCACCACGCUUCUCAAUUAGCAGAAGAAUUGGAUGCAGCCAAGGCCCAGCACUCCAUUGGGCUUGCAGAGUUGUCGAAGAAGCAUGACGAUAUAUUGCAAGAGCUCAGUCUCAAGCAUCAGUGCAAGCUUGAAGAUCUGCGAAAUGCUCAUGAAGAGGAAGUCGAGCGUUUCUCACAUCAAGUCAUGGAUUUGCGUAACUACCACGACACCAUGGUCUCCAACCAUGCCAUUUCACUUGAACGUGCCGCGACGGCCGCGAGCGAGAAACACGAGAAAGAAAAGGAGAGUCUCCUUGCAGAACAUGCUCUUGCAAUCAACGUACUCAGAGCCGAUCACCAAGCGACCAUCGCUGAGGUCAAUGAGUCGCUGACCGCUGCAGAGGAGGAACAUCAGCAAGACGUGGCUGCGCUUCGACAAGCGAAUGACGCCGUUCUUGUUCAAGAGCGUGAGCGUCGUCUGGUGACGCUUGCUGAACGAGAUGCUAUUCACGGUCGAGAGCGAGAGUCCCUGCUCAAGGAUGUCACCAUGCUCAAGGUGCAGCUGACGGAGGCAAAGACGUCAAUUGCAAGAGCAGAACGGGACUUCUCUUCACAAAACUCAGCCCAAACCGUUCUUUUAGAAGAGAAGGUAACCAAGAUGGAGGAACUGCGACGCAACCUAGAGACGGUUAGGGAAGAGCAUGCGUCCAGCUUGCGGGCAAUUACAGACCUCCGUGAGGAGUUGGGAAGGAGCCACAAGGAUGUUUCAUUGCUUACCCAGGAUCUCACCAAAUCCCGGUCACUCGCUUCGGAGCUGGAGGAACAUCGAUCUGCCCUUGGUGAUGCCCGAAGUGAACUUCAGCGAACAAAGACUGAGGUAGAAACUCUGCGAGAGGAGAAGUCGCGACAAGAUCAAAUUCUCCGGGAUCUUCAGGCCCAGCUGUCCAAUGCGAAGAAUUCGAGGUCCCCAAUUGAAGACGCGACCCCCAGUCUGUCUGAGCGACCACAAGCCCAUCGUCUAGGCAGCCUUCCACCAGCAAAAUUACCACCGCUCACUCCUCCGCCUUCUAUCCCGCCUCCCCCAGUUCCAACAUCUAUUCCCGCUGUCCCUUCAGUACCUACCGAUUCCAGUACUACGACCAUGUCACGCUCAUCUCAUGGUUCGCGACCAUCCCUGGACGACUCGGUAUCUGGACGUUCGACCCCUUCUACCUCACUCAUGGUGCAUGGCGCAAACGUGGAGAAGUUGCAAGUUCAGGUCAUUGAACAGCACCACAUGAUUGAAGAGCAAGAAAUAAUGAUUCGGACACUGAAUAAGCAGCUGACACAUUGUGAAAGUGAUCUGCAAGCUCAUAUGGAUCUUGUGGCAACCUUGGAAACAUCGUUGACGGACUCAGAGCGGAACCUUCGCAAGAGCCGCAUGCAAGCCAACGAGUAUGCGAAGGAUCGUGAUGCUUUGAACGAAGGGAUCGAGGCGUUAAGGGCUGAACUGCAGCGUUCACAGCAAGAAGUCUUAAAUGCUCGUCGAUCAGUUCUCGAGGAAAAGGAGCAAUAUGAAACAAGACUAGAAGAGGAGCGACGUGCCAAGGAGCGGACGAGGGCUCAGCUAGAAAGUCGUAUGGAUGAGAUUCAGAGGCGGAAGUCCAAAUUCGUUUGCUUGUGACCCUCCCCGUAACGAUAUAUCCACCUUUUGGGCAGCUACCCCUUACACUUGAUAUCCACACAUACACCUCUGCCGUCAUGUGGGCCUACCGAUGGCUGCACAUUCGGCAGUUAAGUCUCCCUGCCGGAUCCCCAUAGCUUUCGCCCACAAGGGCACAUUCUCCCAUUGGUUUAUCCCUUAGUUUGGAGCCCCGGAGUUGCACUGCUGACGCAUUUUGUCAUUCUUCAUUUGGUGGAGGCUGGAUUCCCACUGCACUUUACAUUAUUUAAUCCUAAGUGGCUCGAGAUUUUCCAUAACCUUUGUACAUAGUACUUAUCUAUCACUAUGCCAUGCCAGAUAAUGAGAUAUGUUUUAUGAG